AUGGGGAAAUUGUAUCAACAUAUCCUGGAAUUUAUUCAGUGUCAAAGCAAAUUUCGAUCAUUUGAGACAACUCAGGUUUUCUUAAGUUUCGAUAUAGACAUUCUACACAGUGCUGCAGAUAAAUUAAGAUGCCUCGAGCUUUUUGAAUAUUCAAAUACAUAUUGUCGUCAUGAUGAUCUCAUAUUCAUGGAUGACACUAAAUCUGAUGCCAUUUGUAAACUCAUAUGCAACCAAAAGAAUUUAGAAAACGUAUGUCUUGCCUUUGGAGACUUACUACUUAAUGAGACCAGUCUACAAUUGAUCUCAAAAGCAUUAUACACCCAAGCAUCAUCUCUUAGAGCAUUUGGUAUAUCAUCUGCAAAUGCAAAUGUGUGGGGCAUAGUUAGUUUUGGUCAAUAUACCAACCUUCAGUUUGUCCUCUUGCAUAGAUGCAAAUUAUUUUCACUCCAUCCUUUGCAAUUAGAUGCAUUUUCCAGGCUGAGAGGUCUUAAGCUGGUUGAUGUUUGUGUGAAUUCCAAUAGUAUUUGUGCACUGCUUGGGAGUGUAAAAGAAUGUUUAGACCAUCUUUUUGUUGGAUUUUAUACUGAGGAUGUUCUAAAUGAAAAUUGGUACACAGAAAUAUGGAAAACAUGUGCAACAAAUACACCCCAUCUUGUUGAAUUAUCAAUUUCCCUAAAAGUGAUUUCUCACCAUAUUCCAAUAAUACAAGCAGCUCUUCCACUGUGGCAGCAUCUGAGGAACUUAAGUGUAUUAUGUGCUGAGACAGCUAAGAUACUUCCAGAUGAUUACUUUAAGGAAACUUCAACACUUUUAUUACUUCUUGGAAGAAAUAUGCCUAAAUCAGUGAAGUCAUUUACAUUGUCAGGUCAUUGCUCACAAUACCCAGAAGAACUUGUCACUUUUUUAGCCAUUUGCUCUACAAGUCUUGAAUCACUAAAUCUUUCUGGUCAAUAUAUUAGUGAUGAAGUUAUCAAUGCAUUAUUGAACCAUAUGGGGCAUAGUUUAAAGUCAGUUCAAAUACAGAUGAACAAAGCAUAUCUUUCUGAUGAAGUGAAAUUAAUAGUGAUGAAGAAUAAAAUUGUGGUUCAUAAUUUUUUAUCCAUGAAAAUUCUUAAAGCAUGA